UCCUUAAAAGUAUCAGAAAGUGAAGUGAAUGAAACCAGCUCAUAACAUCACUGAGCUGAGGGACUACGUUUUAAAUGAUGGGAUGUACUGCUGGUCCAUGAAAAGUGCAGACGUAUUCCAACCACGGCUGAGGUGCAGCUCCUAUCUGGUGCCGAGGGAUUUAUGCAGGUCUGACGUGACAAAGACAUUUGGGACUUCAGCUCCUUAAAAGGUAUAAAGUACUAUCUUGGAAUUCUGCUUCAAGUUCACUUCAGCUAUUCCAUUCAACAGACAAUGUACGCAUUGUGCUGACAACAAGCCGAGCAGAGCACAGGAGAUACAUUACGUAGUCCAGAACAGCACUUUUUACAGAAAAAAAUGGGAUGUGCAAAAUCUAAGCGAUCUAAACCAUCGUCAGGAGAGGAAGAUAACAACAAGAAAAAUGAUCCCGUACGUAAACCAUCUCAAGGUGUAUAUGUGAAAGAUCCUACCUCUGGUAACAAGAGUAACGGAGGCAGCCUGCCAAAUGAAAAUGGAACUAAUGAUGACUCAAUAGUAACAGCUCUAUAUGACUAUGAAGCAAUGCAUGAGGGAGACUUGGGCUUCAAGAAAGGCGAUAAAAUGAAGAUACUUGAAGAGUCAGGAGAGUGGUGGCGUGUAAAGUCCGUGGCAACUGGCAUGGAAGGAUACAUUCCCAGCAACUAUGUUGCGAAGACUGACACACUGGAAACAGAGGACUGGUUCUUCAAAGGUGUCAGCCGUAAAGAUGCAGAAAGGCAGCUCUUAGCUCCAGGAAACAAAGUGGGCUCCUUCAUGAUUCGAGACAGUGAAACAACUAAAGGAAGCUACUCUCUGUCUGUCAGAGAUUAUGAUGCACAAAACGGUGACACAGUAAAGCAUUAUAAGAUAAGGACUCUGGACAGCGGUGGCUUUUAUAUUUCUCCACGGAACACCUUCAGCACUUUACAGGACCUUGUCAAGCAUUAUCAAAAACAAUGUGAUGGUCUUUGUCAGAAACUGACUGUUGCCUGUGCUAGUAAACAACCUCAAAAGCCAUGGGAGAAGGAUGCUUGGGAAAUUCCAAGAGAAUCCCUAAAAAUGGAUAAGAAACUUGGAGCAGGACAGUUUGGAGAAGUUUGGAUGGCAACAUACAAUAAGCACACAAAAGUGGCCGUCAAAACCAUGAAGCCUGGCAGCAUGUCUGUGGAGGCAUUUCUACAAGAAGCCAAUCUAAUGAAAGCUCUUCAGCAUGAUAAGCUGGUGAGACUCAAUGCUGUAGUCACAAAGGAGGAACCCAUUUACAUCAUUACUGAAUUUAUGGAAAAAGGUAGCUUACUGGAUUUCUUAAAGACAGAUGAAGGCAAUAGGCAGCCUCUACCAAAACUAAUAGAUUUCUCAGCCCAGAUUGCAGAAGGCAUGGCAUACAUUGAAACCAAGAAUUAUAUCCACAGAGAUUUGAGAGCUGCAAAUAUACUUGUCAAUGCUGCCCUAGUCUGCAAAAUUGCAGACUUUGGCUUAGCUCGAAUUAUAGAAGACAAUGAAUAUACAGCCAGAGAAGGUGCCAAAUUCCCAAUUAAAUGGACUGCACCUGAAGCAAUCAACUAUGGUUCGUUCACUAUUAAAUCUGAUGUCUGGUCUUUUGGAAUUCUUCUAAUGGAAAUUGUGACCUAUGGACGCACACCUUAUCCAGGCAUGUCUAACCCAGAAGUAAUACGAGCUUUGGAACGUGGAUAUCGUAUGCAAAGACCAGACAACUGUCCAGAAGAACUCUAUGAUAUAAUGAUGAAAUGCUGGAAGAAUAAGCCAGAUGAUCGUCCUACUUUUGAAUAUAAUCAAAGUGUACUAGAGGACUUUUAUACAGCCACUGAGGGUCAGUACCAGCAGCAACCCUAAAA